CAGUAAUCAUUCUUCUUACAAAAGGGUUCUGACACUUCGAAAUGCUUUCGAAACUACUUCUGAUCUUUGGAUUUCUGCUGAUGAGCUGGCAGUGGGCGCAAACCAUGCCCAUCCACAGCCGCUCGGCUACAACCGCGCAUCCACCCCAAAACCUCCAGAACUUCUCAGGGUUUGUCUUGCAGAGCAUCUUUGACCUGCCGCCCAACUGCAAGCCCGGCGAGGUGGCCACUGGGCCCCAUCACAGGUGUCGCCACCAGGCCUAAGGACUGGACAAUACUUUUAACGAAUCAUAUGAGUCUCCUACCUCUGUGGAAUGUACGCGAGAUGGAGACGUGUUAUAAACUUUGU